GUGUAACCUGGUUCGAUAGACAUUUGGCACACGUAUAUAACACGACGAUGUGCCAAAUGGCUAGCCACUGUUAGAGUCAGUGCUAGCCGCCUAGAAGACAAAACAGAUGCCAUUUUUUUGUGUUUGGCUGAGACGGACCUAUAUUUAUGAACGAAUGCACUGAGCAGUGUUGAGAGGUGUUUAACGUGGUGUGGUGUCUAGUGUGGCGGAAAUACGAAGUAUGGCGGACUGCGGUGAAAACGUCUAUGAAGACGAUCGCCAACAUUGACCACACUGGCCGUGGAAAGGCUGACAUUUUUUUACUUUUCCGUGGAUUGUGGAAAAAUGUCUUUUCUAUACUAGUCCUAGAUUUACCGUCGAUUUCCGUCUGACGUGAGUGAAUUGUGCUGUGCUUAUGGAUACUCUUUACUUGUACUUUAUUCUGUAAAAAAAAGACUGAGAGCAGUGGUUGCGAAACGUCACAACUCCCAAGUCAAAACAGGACGGUUCAUAUCAAGGCGAAGGCAAUACACGUUUCACCUUGUUCAAGAAUGAUUAUUCGCUGCUAAUUGCUAUUGCUGCUUUUGACACGAGACAAUAUGACCAGUCGCAGUUUCUGAGACAAAUCCUUGUUGCGAUAGAAAACUUGCUCCGAAAUUCGAGCACAAUGAUGCAAGAUCCCGCCCGGGUUAAUGCUUUAAAAAUGGAGCAAGAAACAGUCUACGGAACUCAUGAAGACAGUCAUGUAGUCAUGUCAGAGAAAGUUCAGUCUUUGGCAGGCAGCAUUUAUCAAGAAUUCGAAAGAAUGAUCGCUCGAUACGACGAGGACGUCGUCAAAGAACUAAUGCCCUUGUUAGUCAACGUUUUAGAAUGUUUGGAUAUCGCCUACACAGAAAAUCAAGAGCACGAAGUAGAAUUAGAAUUACUUCGAGAGGAUAACGAACAACUGGUCACGCAAUAUGAGAGAGAAAAGCAGCUUCGAAAAACAUCAGAUCAAAAAUUGCUGGAGCUUGAAGAUGUCGCUGAGGACGAGCGAAAGGAAUUGGUUUCGAAGAUUGAUAGCCUUGAAUCGAUCGUUAGGAUGCUGGAACUUAAAACCAAGAAUUCACACGACCAUGGUACAAAUGGCAAUGCUACCUCUCACACACCAUCUCCCUACAUCAUAAGACUUGAAGAAAAAGAAUCAGAGUUGAAGCGUGAAUACUCUCGGUUGCACGAUCGGUAUACAGAAUUAUUUAAGACACAUGUGGACUAUAUGGAAAGGACAAAAAUGCUCGUGGGCAGUUCAGAAAGACUAGAAAAUGCUUCAAGUGCUCGAGGACCUGGUCGAUUGCCAUCGCUGGGAAUGACACAAAUGUCGAGGAGUUCUGGACCUCUAAGUUAUGGGUUCCAGAGUCUCGAGGCCAGCAUAAAUGCAGAAGAUAUUCCAGAGGAGAUUCCACCUCAUGUUGCAAAUUUAAAAUCGGAAAUGAGUGAUACCAGCUGCGAAGCAGCGAUAGAAACUUCAGACAAAAGUCAGCUCACGGAUCACCCAAGACAGGAAAACAAAACUACUACCAUUUCUAGACAUGAAAGUCCGGAAACGGAAGUACCACCACCAGUGAUUACUCCGACCUCUCCAACUGUUGAAAAAAUGGCCUCGACUCCAAGUGGUCGAAGCAGAACUGAAAGGGAACAACGUAGUGGAAAUACGUUGUAUCAAGAACUUAGUUUCCAAGAUGCAGACGCACUUGGAGAAAUGGAUGAAGGUGCAGAUAUUACAGGUAGUUGGGUCCAUCCUGGAGAAUACGCUUCGUCAGUUAACGACAACUUUUUCGGAAUGGGCAAAGAGGUCGAGAACCUAAUAAUGGAGAACAACGAACUUCUAGCCACAAAGAAUGCACUCAAUAUUGUUAAGGACGAUUUGAUCGUGAAGGUAGAUGAGCUAACAGGCGAACAAGAAAUUCUUCGAGAGGAGGUUCGAGCUCUUCAGCAGGCGAGAGACCGACUGCGCCAGAGAGUUUCGGCCUUAGAAGAAGAAUUGAAGAAAACGAAAGAGGAGGCAGAGUCAGCAGCCAAGACUUCGAAAAGUGAUGACGAAGAAGAUGUACCUCUCGCCCAAAGGAAAAGAUUCACUAGGGUGGAGAUGGCUAGGGUCCUAAUGGAAAGAAACCAGUACAAAGAACGAUUCAUGGAAUUGCAGGAGGCCGUCAGAUGGACGGAAAUGAUCAGAGCUAGUAAAACUGAUCCUGCUAGCAUAUCGGGUGGCAAGCAAACUUUUUGGAGGUUUUUUAGUAAUCUCUUUACAGGCCCGGCAGAUCGGGGAUCGCUGGUUCGAGGGCCACACACGAUGCGUUAUAGCGCCCCAACAAAUCAAGUUGUACCAGCGCCACCCUUGGACGCGAUGCGCAGACGUACAAUGAAAAGUAGUCGGCAAGAUUUUCUUGACCAGGGAGACACCAUGUCUUCUGAAAAACUUGUGGCUAGACGAGCAAACGAGAGAAGAGAACAAUAUCGACAAGUUAGAGCUCAUGUUAGAAAAGAGGACGGGAGAUUGCAGGCUUACGGCUGGAGUUUGCCUGGAAAGCCUACUGCACCAGCUAGACAACCUGUUCCUGUCCCCGUUUAUUGUAGACCUCUUCAGGAAACCGAGCCGGGAAUGAAAAUAUGGUGUGGAGCUGGAGUAAAUCUAAGUGGAGGCAAGACUCGAGAUGGAGGUUCGAUGGUCGGAGGCAGCGUCUUCUACGCCGCAGAAGCUCGAGAAAGCAACAGUACCUUAAAAAUCGAGGCAGAAGACGCCGUCGAGCAUCUAGACAAAGAACUCCAAGAAAGCGAGCAGCGUCGUAUUGAGGCUGAGAGACUCGAACAACAAUUGAGUUCCCUAGUUUGGAUCUGCACGUCCACCCAAAAGAUGUCAAAAGUAACUGUGAUAGACGCAAACAAUCCGGCGGAGAUUCUCAAAGUUUUCAACGUCUGCCAAAACCACUUACUCUGCAUAGCGAGUGUGCCUGGUGCCAAAGAGAGCGACUACGUCCAAGGUUCAAACGACGAGACAGUCCAGAACAUGAGCGUCGUCGACGGGACUAAAGAAUAUAGUAGAACAAACGAAAAUGUAGGAAAUAGCAAUUCUAUUGGCGAUAGAGCAAAGACUGAUUCGGAGGCUCAAUGCGAGGGCUCUAGUUCAAAUGAGAAGGUGACUGAAUCUUCAGAGAAGCCAGAAAGUGAACAAAAUUCAACAACAGAGCCUCAGAAUGUGCAAACGAAUGCAGAUGGCGAGACCGUGAAUUUGGGGAAGGUUCAUUUCAUUAAAAACUGUGGUGAAUCUCCGGAAAUUAGUGAACUGAGCGAGGCGAGUGAGAAAGAAGCCACUGAAGAGGACCAAACGCCUAUUGAAAAAAUGUCUUCUAUUCAACCAACUAUGUGGCUUGGAGCUCAGAAUGGAGCCAUUUUUGUUCAUUCGGCUGUUGCCAAGUGGGCCGUUUGUUUGCAUUCAGUGAAACUUAAAGACGCCGCUUUGGCGAUAGUUCACGUCCAAGGACGAGUUCUCGUUGCCCUGGCAGAUGGGACCGUUACAAUAUUCCGAAGAGGUCCUGAUGGCCAAUGGGAUCUUUCCCAGUACCAUGUGAUAACGCUCGGCAACCCUCAGCAUUCCAUCCGGUGUAUGGCGACUGUAUUAGGAAAAACAGUCUGGUGUGGUUACCAAAACAAGAUUCACGUGAUAGAUCCGAUUUCGUUGACCCUCAAGUGUUCCGUGGACGCACAUCCUCGUCGGGAGUCGCAGGUUCGACAACUAGCCUGGCUGGGCGAAGGAGUAUGGGUUAGCAUCAGGCUAGACUCAACCUUGAGAUUAUAUCAUGCCCACACCCAUCAGCACCUUCAAGAUGUGGACAUUGAGCCAUAUGUUAGCAAAAUGCUCGGAACCGGAAAACUAGGUUUUUCCUUCGUCAGAAUCACUGCCCUGCUCAUCUCCUCAAACAGACUCUGGAUCGGAACUGGAAAUGGGGUUAUCAUUUCUGUUCCUCUCUCCGAAAGUGCUGGCGGGUCCAUGGCCAUUUCGAGAGCACAAACCAGGGGAGGAAAAGGCGACACCCCAGGGGUUGGAGUUCGAGUAUACGCUUCAGAUCAUGGUGUAACUCCAGGAAGCUUUGUGCCUUACUGCAGUAUGGCUCACGCUCAGCUUAGCUUCCAUGGACACAGGGAUGCUGUAAAAAUGUUUGUCGCCGUCCCUGGGCAUGGAGGCCACAGUGUGAUUUCGGAUGGAUCCCAACCUGCAAUGCUAGUCCUGUCUGGUGGGGAAGGUUACAUCGAUUUUAGAGUUGGUGACGGCGAUGAAACUGAGGAUGGGAUUGAACGCUCAGGUGCAUCUGCAGUCUCGAAUUCAGAGGAGCAAGGAGAGCAGAGUCACCUGAUCGUUUGGCAAGUUCAGUGUCCGACUUCUGCACUGGUCAACACCUAGUCUGCCACAGAAACCGGAGGUUCUUUCCAGGGUGACCGGCCUAGCUACUGUCUUUUUACAAUGAUUCAUUGAUCUACGGAAAAAAGGAAACUUAAGUUAGGGCCACUUUCAUCCUUUUAAAAACUAACCUGAGUAAAUUAAGUAUCUUUUUUUCUGUGAAUACCACAUCGACUGGUAGAUCAAAUGAAGAUUGUUGCUCCAAGUCAGCUUGCUGAAUUUAGGUAGCUACGUGUAUUAAUGCCGCGAUAAGCGUAGUGUACAGGACUAAUUUGUUGAAUUUUUUUAGAAGGUAUAUUACGAUCUUGGUUUUUACCAGCGAUGAUUUUUACUGAAAGGUCUUUUUGGACUUUCCUAUCGAUGUAUCUCCAAGGUACAUCCACUAUCUUCGAAACAGUAUCCACGAGUCGCAAUCUGAUAUCGCGAUCGAUGAAUUCUAGAUAUUUUCUUUUUUUAAUUAUUUGAGACUUAUAUAUAAAUACAUACAUUAUAUAUAUCUGUUUAUAAUAUGCUUACGAAUCGAUUGUCGGCAUGAUAAGAUCUAUUGUAAAUCGUUUAUAGAGAUAAAAUAAUAAUUUAUUCGCGAAUCGUGUAAUUUAUGAGCACGUAUAUAUUACACGCCCGUGACAGGGAUGUGUGCAAUUUUGCGUUGAAUGUGGAGAAAGAUUAUUCAAGAUUUAGUGUCCAGCGCGAAUCGUCGUUUGAUAGUUUUCUAGUUUACACAACGAAAUUUAACAGAAUUAGAUAGAAGCAAUCAGGUCCUUUAAAAAAUAUCCGAUCCUAAAUCCCACCUUAAAUUUAUGAUCUGAUUUAAAAUUUUAAGAUAAUAUUUCGGAGUUUGAAAUCAGCGAACCACGCCGAUGCAGUGGCAAGCUUAAUUCCUGGUUGUAAGUUAACAUAGACUUAUAUUUUUGGCGAUUCACUUUUUGGAUGAGGGAGGUUGCACCGAACUAAAUUGCUGUGCAACGCUGUUUGAAACCUAUUUUCACAAGAGAAAUUAAUCUUUUUUUGGCGUUUCCAAUUUUUGAACGGACUGAUUUAGGGUCGGAGUGACGAUAAAAUUUUACAAAGAGGGGAAUUAGUUUUUGUAAAGCGGUCAGUUUUUUAAUUGCUUGAGUUCAAACGUCGAUUUACCCUUUGGGAAAAAAUCCUGGGUAUUUAAUAGCUAGUUUUUCAAUUUCGAAUGAUCAGCGUUUGUAAAUUAUGUAAUGUCGUUAUUGGCGUCCUUUUUUUUUUGACGCGUUGUACUCACUCCUCGGCCGACCACAAGAAAAAGCUAGCUUUUCCGCACUUCUUUCUCAUGAACCUUCUACCAAAGAUAAGGUUUACAUAACAAGUAGAAAAUCGGCUCUAGGGAAUUUUACGUAUUACAUGUUUAACUCGGCUUUCAGUGUCGAACGUGGAUUGUACCUGGCUCGCGUGGAGCUGCAACGGCAUUAAUAAAGUUACAAAGGAAAUUAC